AUAAAAGAUGGCAGAUGGUGAGGAUAUUCAGCCCCUUGUCUGUGACAAUGGAACUGGAAUGGUGAAGGCAGGAUUUGCCGGUGAUGAUGCACCCAGGGCUGUGUUUCCCAGUAUAGUUGGCCGACCUCGCCACACUGGUGUUAUGGUUGGAAUGGGUCAAAAGGAUGCCUAUGUAGGUGAUGAAGCCCAAUCCAAAAGAGGUAUUCUUACUCUCAAAUAUCCCAUUGAGCAUGGUAUAGUCAGCAACUGGGAUGACAUGGAAAAGAUCUGGCAUCAUACAUUCUACAAUGAAUUGCGUGUUGCUCCUGAGGAGCACCCUGUGCUUCUAACGGAGGCUCCUCUCAACCCAAAGGCCAACAGAGAAAAGAUGACCCAAAUCAUGUUUGAGACCUUCAAUGUUCCCGCCAUGUAUGUAGCCAUCCAAGCUGUUCUCUCCCUCUAUGCAAGUGGUCGCACAACUGGUAUUGUUUUGGACUCUGGUGAUGGUGUGAGUCACACUGUGCCAAUCUAUGAGGGGUAUGCACUUCCACAUGCCAUCCUUCGAUUGGAUCUUGCAGGGCGUGAUUUAACUGACUCUCUGAUGAAGAUCCUCACCGAGAGAGGGUACAUGUUCACCACCUCAGCUGAACGGGAAAUUGUCCGAGACAUAAAGGAGAAGCUUGCAUAUGUUGCCUUGGAUUAUGAGCAAGAACUUGAGACUGCAAAGAGCAGUUCUUCAGUGGAGAAAAACUAUGAGCUUCCUGAUGGACAAGUUAUCACAAUUGGAGCCGAGAGGUUCCGUUGUCCGGAAGUCCUUUUCCAGCCAUCUAUGAUUGGAAUGGAAGCUGCUGGUAUUCAUGAAACCACCUACAACUCUAUCAUGAAGUGUGAUGUUGAUAUCAGGAAGGAUCUGUAUGGCAACAUUGUUCUUAGUGGUGGGUCUACGAUGUUCCCUGGUAUUGCUGACCGUAUGAGCAAAGAGAUCACUGCGCUUGCUCCUAGCAGCAUGAAGAUUAAGGUUGUGGCUCCACCAGAGAGGAAGUACAGUGUCUGGAUCGGAGGAUCCAUCCUUGCAUCACUCAGCACCUUCCAACAAAUGUGGAUAUCAAAGGGUGAAUAUGAUGAGUCUGGCCCAUCCAUUGUCCACAGGAAAUGCUUCUAAGUUAAAGCCAAACUUCAAUGGUGAGUUAUUUUUAAUGCUUGUGGUUGCUUUUUCGUGUCUGUGUCAGGUUAUGUGAACUAUGUUGCCAUAGAUAUGAGGCGAGAUAGAAUUGAUUGUUGGAGGGCUAUAUUCUGAUCUUGGUGUAUCAUGUUUUUAUGUGCAACCCCUCUUGAUAUGGCGGGCAGAGUUGGCCGGAGGCAUUUCUUGCCUUGGACUUAAUGGAUGUGUUUAAGUAGGUUGUCUGUAUCAAGGGAAAUUAUUGUCAUGCUUAUUUUAUUGCCUUUUUCCCCUCAAAAGUUUUACAUUUGAAGGUUUUUGGUCAUGGGAACAUUUAUGUCUAUAGUUAAUGUAUCUUAAUGAUCUUGAGAUUUUUAUAAUAUUGCUAAGUGCACGCUGAAAUAUCCACGCUGGAUUUUAUAC